UUGAGGUCAGAGUAGAGUCAACUAUAAAUGUAUUAUAACUGACAACACCUCUACUGAGUUAACUGCUGCAGCUGCACGGUGUCAUUAGUCAUCUCUGCAGGGACAACAUGAGCGCUUCUGUUGCUGUAUACAGGAGCAUUUACACGGAGGACCGAUUCAAACAGGCUUACGGCUCUGACGAUAACGCCAGUGGAAGCUUGCGGCUCCGGGAAAAACUCGCAGGGAGGUGCAGGUGUUCAAAGCGAGCCUGCCUUCACCUGUUGAGGGAGAGAGUGCCCAUUUUCAGCUGGCUGCCAAGAUACAAGCUAAAGAAAUGGAUUCUAGGAGAUACCAUAGCAGGACUCACAGUCGGUAUUCUUCAUAUUCCUCAAGGCAUGGCCUUUGCUCUACUCACAUCCGUGGCUCCGAUAUUUGGUCUUUACACCUCUUUCUUUCCUGUUGUCCUUUAUAUGUUUUUUGGCACGGGUCGCCAUGUAUCCACAGGGACCUUUGCUGUAGUGAGUUUGAUGACUGGCUCUGUGGUGGAGCAGCUGGUUCCCAGUCCUCUGGAGAUUAACUCAAGUUCUUCUGAAGCGAGUGACUUUGAAGCCCAGAGAAUUGGAGUGGCCUCAGCUAUAGCACUUCUCUCAGGAAUUAUUAUGCUCUGCAUGUUUGCUCUUCAGCUGGGAUUUCUCUCCACCUACCUAUCUGAGCCAAUUGUUAAGGCCUUCACCAGUGCUGCCGCCUUCCAUGUCACCAUCUCACAGCUGCAAAGCAUGCUGGGCCUGCGGCUCCCUCGCCACACUGGGGCCUUCUCUCUCUUCAAGACUUUAGCAUCAGUGAUGGAAAACCUGCCUCACACUAACAUGGCGGAGCUGCUGAUCUCUUUGGUGUGUUUGGCCAUCCUGGUACCAGUUAAGGAGCUCAACAUGCGUUUCAAGAAACGUCUCCGAACACCUAUCCCUGUGGAGAUCCUCACGGUGAUUAUUGCCACAGGUGUGGCUUAUGCCUGCUCACUGGACUCCACUUACAACAUUGAGAUAGUUGGCCAUAUCCCUGCUGGAUUCCCGAGGCCACAAUUGCCUGCCUUUCACAUGUUCCCUGCUAUUGCUGGGGACACAAUAGCCAUAACAUUUGUUGGCUAUGCUGUGUCCGUCUCACUGGCAAUGAUUUAUGCCGAUAAACAUGGAUAUUCUAUACACCCCAACCAGGAGCUGCUGGCUCAUGGGAUCUCCAACACAGUGUCAUCCUUUUUUACCUGCUUCCCUAGCUCAGCCACUUUAGCCACCACUAAUAUACUCGAGAGUGCUGGAGGAUACACACAGCUCUCUGGGUUGUUCACUAGUCUUGUUGUCCUGAUUGUUCUUCUGCUAAUUGGACCACUGUUCUACUUCCUACCCAAGGCAGUCCUGGCAUGCAUCAAUGUUACCAGCCUCAGACAGAUGUUCCUGCAGUUCCAAGACUUACCUGACCUGUGGAGAAUCAGUAAAAUUGACUUUAUGGUUUGGCUUGUAACUUGGCUCUCUGUGGUGAUACUCAAUGUGGACCUUGGCCUGGCUAUCGGGGUGGUCUUCUCUAUGAUGACUGUCAUCUGCCGCACACAAAGGGCUGGUUGUUCAGUGCUUGGUCGGGCCAGCAACACAGAAAUUUACAGACCUCUGGAGAACCAUAACAAGUGCUACGAAGUGCCUGGAGUGAAAAUCCUGACUUACAACGGGCCCAUUUACUACGGCAACCGUAGCUUCUUCAGGGAGGAAAUGAUUAGGCUGCUGGGCCUGACACCAGAGAAGAUCCGCAGGCGGGAGAAGGCCAUAAAAGCCCUGGAGAAACGGGAGAGGGAGACCACUGUCAGCACUGUGGAAAGAGGGAUUGCAAACACAUCGUUUUCCUCAGAAAAUGAGUUCUUCAAAUCAGAAACAUCUGAAAGCUAUGACCAGGCAGUGUUAAUCGAUUGCAGCAGCGUGAUAUUUGUUGAUGUUGCUGGAGCAAGACUCCUGACACAGAUGUGUACUGAGUGCCAGAAAGUUGGAGUUCAUGUAUAUUUGGCUAACUGCAAUGAGAGUGUUUUAAAGAUCCUAACGUCCAGUGGGCUGAUGAAAUACAUGAAUCCACAACAUAUCUUUGUCACCGUCCACGAUGCUGUGGUGUAUAUCCAACAGCAGAAGGAAAAACCUUCAGCGAACACCACGACAGUUUGGGUAUGAGGCUGAAGGAAGGUGAUGAGUUAUGUUCCCCUCAACCAAGUGUUGAGCGCUAAAAUGGCAGAGACCAUUUUAGCUGCUGUAAUAGCUAAGACUGUACUUGCCAGUGUUUGAAAGGCGCAGUAGCCUGUUGUAGCAUGAAGUCUUUUUUUUUUUUUUUGAACCUUUAUUUAACCAGGAAAAGUCCCAUUGAGAUUAAAAACCUCUUUUUCAAGGGAGUCCUGGCCAAGAGGCGACAACACGUUGAAAUUACAAAGUUACAUACUUAUUAUAAAUAACAAUUUAAUUU